AGUGCCUUUCAUAUCCGGACAGCCUGAUAAGAACCUUGUCCGACCAAACGCAAAUCAGCCCUGCGAUUUGUUUUAAAGGCUGGGAUUUCUCAAUCAUUAAAACAAAACUCUCCUUUUCAUUUAUCUCCACAUACGUGCGCGUGACUUCUAGCUUCCAAGAGGUUCGUCUUCAUUGCGCGCCAGUUCCAGUUCCAAAGGACAUCGGCUUCUCUUCGCAUAUAGCUGGACGACAGUUGCGGCAGAAUCAUGGAAUCACCAGGGCAGAGAACUUCAUGUAGCUUGACAGUUACUCAUGUUGUGCCAAAUGUUCCAACUCAGGAAAAACUAUAUGUGGGGAUGACAUUUGAAGAAUUAGAAAAUGCAUUUGCGUUCUACAAUAGGUACGCUAAGCUCGCUGGGUUUAGUGUGCGCAAAGAAUCUUUGAAGAAAACGAAAGAUGGUGUAAUAAGGGGCAGGGUUUACACAUGUUACAAAGAAGGGUUAGAAAAAAAUGCCAUGCUUGGAAUUGAUACCGAGAGAUGUACACAAAACAUCCGCAACGGAUGUAUGGCCAUGCUUGGUGUUUCAAGAACUCGAAAUAGUGUGUUGUUUAAGGUGUACCGUUUUGAGGAGGCGCAUAAUCAUUAUUGUGAGACUCCAAGCAAGGUUCAUUUAUUGAAAUCACAUCGUAAUUUGUCUGAAGCAAAGAAGAAGCUUUUCUCGACUAUGCAAUCUAAUAACAUCUCAAUCCCUCGGGCUAUGGGCAUAUUCAUUGCAGAAUCAAGCGGAGCGGGUGAUGUUGGAUUUCUUGAAGCAGACCUAAGAAACUAUGUUCGAGAUGAGAAUGCGAAAGUAAAGGGACAAGAUGCACAAUUAUUUGUGGAGCACUUUAUGCUUGAGAAAGAACACAACUCUUCUUUCUUCUACAAGGUUAGAAAAGAUAGCACAAAUAAGAUUGAAUUGGCAUUUUGGGCUGAUCCGACUUGUCGGCGAUCUUAUCACUUCUUUGGUGACACUGUUGCUCUUGAUUCUACGUAUAACACUAAUACGUACGGAUUUCCAUUCGCUCCAUUUGUUGGAGUUAAUCAUCAUUUUCAGUCCAUUCUAUUUGGUUGUGCAUUCAUGAACAAAGAAAAUUUUGAGUCGUACCUCUGGAUCUUAGAAGCUUUUUUAGAAGCCAUGCCCGGACCACCACCAAAUGUGAUCAUUACUGACCAAGAUCCUGCUUUGUCCAAAGCCAUUGCUCGUGCGCUACCAAAUGCCUAUCACCGUUAUUGCAUGUGGCACAUUAUUCGUAAGAUUCCAGAGAAGGUGGGUAGUAUAAUAAACUCUCUUGAAAGUUUCAGCAAAAUUUAUUGUAUUAUUAAAUACUCUGAGACUGCCUAUGAAUUUGAAGCAAAGUGGCAAGGUCUUGUAGAUGAAGUUGGGCUGGGAGACAAUGAAUGGAUAUCUUAUAUGUUUCAAGUUCGAGAGCAAUGGGUUCCGGCUUACUUCAAGAAUGUAUUCGCAGCUUCUAUGUCAUCCACACAAAGGAGUGAAACAACGCAUUCAUUCUUAAAGAAAUUUGUCUACAAGGGAUGUAGUUUCAAUGAGUUUGUAACUCGCUUCGGUAGAGCACUGUCAAGGCAGAGAGAGCGUGAGAACGAUUCUGAUCACAAGGAUAGAAAUGGGCGACCUAAGCUUCAAUACGGGACUCAAAUGGAGCUACAGGUAGCGAACACGUAUACGUCAUCUAUGUUUCGUGAGUUCCAAAGAGGCCUACAUAACUGUUUCACUUAUGGCGUGGACGAGAAUAUAGAGGGGGAUAUGUCCAUUUUGAAGUUAACUUAUAGAGGACUCUCAAACGAUAUCGAGAUUAAAAAAAGUCGAAUAGUGACAAUGAAUCGUUUGACACAAAUUGGAAGUUGUUCUUGCAAACAAUUUGAGUUUAUGGGGAUACCGUGUGCACACAUUCUUAGGGUUCUAGAUUGUAUGAAUAUGUAUGAAGUUCCUAGCUUUUACAUUAUUGAUCGUUGGAAAAAGGGAACACGAAGGCAAAUUGUUAUUGAUCGUGCAGGGAAUGAGAUUAGAGAGGACCAUCGAAGAGAGGUGACAGGGGGGAAUAGCAAGGCAUAUGAUGCGUUUCUUAAUGGUUAUUAUGAUCUUAUCUCGGAGUCACUGGAGGACCAAGAAUUUGGACUUGAACUACUUCAAGAGUGGAGGCAAAAGUUCAAUGAUCACAUGUCCAAAAAGCCAAUUGAAAAUAACAAAUCCAGUAAGGAAAUUGAGACGUCUUCUACUGUAGAAUAUUUGGAGCCCGACCAUGCACGUCACAAGGGCUGUGGAAAACGAUUAAAAUCAAGUAUGGAUAAGGGGCCUACAUUGAACCGACUAUGUCGUGUUUGUAAAGGUCAUGGUCACGAUAAACGUAAUUGUCCAAAAAAUGCAAAAGGGGGUGUAGCAAUUGGAGCAUUUGAUGAUCACAAGUAGGCUUGUAGCAGACAGAGGAAUAUAUAUUAGCCACCUGUGGAAUAUUGCUUUUUGUCUAGAUUGUAUGGCUUAUUUUUUGUAUGGCUUAUGAACUGCCUUUGGGGUAGUUAUAUGUGCCUUUGACCAGGAUACAUUUUUUGGAAGUUUUUUAUCAUCAAAAUUAUGAUGUGUUGUUGAAAGACAUUGUAUUUUAUAUAUUUAUAGUGAUGGUAUGUUUAUGAGUUUGAAAUUCAGCUUGUGCUUCACUGCUUUGUAGUAUCUACUCCUUAUUUUCUGGUGUUAUAAAAUUGGGAUAGUAGAGCAUAUAUUAAUCAUUGAAAGAGAAUACAUUUCAAGAUAUUUAAACACUGCUGCAUUUUUUGCUUAUGUAAUACAUUGCCAUAAGAAAUACAUCUCAACAUAUUUAAAUAGUGCUGCAUUUUUUGCCUAAGUAGUAAGUAGUCUCCAAAUAUCAAGGUCUGAUAGUUACUACACCAGCUAUUACACAUGUAUCAAAUACCUCUGGCAGUUAAAAAGUAAAAAAUAAAACGGCAACAACUAUUUAAUUCUUCAUGCUUUAAUUUGUGUCUCGUGAAAAUGGUCUUCGAGCACAACUCUGACUUCAUUUUUUAUCUGCUUGAAGGAGACGGUUCCUCACUACAUAAAUGCAAUAACACCUUCUUUGCUAAUACAACAACAUCCACUUCUGUCAAACUGACCUCACCAGGGAAUAUUGACCAAACAAGACUGAAUUCAACCGACCAUGCAUAUUGAUCUGGUAGUGUAAUAUUAAUGACCUUCGGUUGCAUAAUGCUAACUUAUAAUUAUAAAAUAAAAUAGCAGCAAGAAUCUCAGUAUUUACAAAGUAGAAAAAUAAAGAAAUGGAGUAUCUUUAAAAAAACCUUAGAUUCAAGCUUUUUGCCAUAUGUCGAUAUGCUUACCUGAUAAAUUCCACCAAACUCCAAAAGUUGGAUUCAUAAGUUAACAAACAACAUGUAAAAAAAAAAAAAGUUAAACGCACAAUCCAAUUACGUUUUGACCUUCGGAAACAAGGAUCAAUGUCAUAGAUACCCCUUAUACAACAUGGAAAAAAACCAGGCCAAUCUUAGCGUAAUUCGAAAAAUUCAAAAAAAAAGAAUUAAGAGUAAAACAACCUAAAAAUUCAUAUCUACUUCGCUCACAGUGACAAUCGAUGGAGAAUUUUUCACAAUAGAGGAAUUUGAAGAGACGAAAUGGUAUGUUGAGUGUUGACGAUGGGGAGAUUUGAAGAGGAGAGAGGAUACGGUGAUGAUGGGGUAGUAGGCGCAGUAAAAAAAGAACCCACGCGCUCAUAUGCAAGAUAAAGC